AGUUGGUAAACUCGCUGCAGGGGGCGGGGCAGAACCUCUGAGCUUAAGUUAGUUUUGAUUUCCCUGCCCCGGAUGCAGGAGUUGGUAGCUCGCUGCAGCAGGUGGAGACAGGCCUCUAGACUUCAGUUUCUGUUUCCUGGCUCCGGGCAGCAGCAAGAAUUCCUCUGCCUCCCAUUCUGCCAUUCAUUGUCUUGCCCGCAGCCAGCUGAGAGCAAUGGGAAAUGGGGGGUCCCAGCUGUCCUCGGUGCCUGCUCAGAAGCUGGGUUGGUUUAUCCAGGAAUACCUGAAGCCCGACGAAGAGUGUCAUACAAUGAUCGACGACAUGGUGAACAUCAUCUGUGAUGUCCUGCAGGCACCCAAGCAGUUCCCCCUGGUGCAAGGAGUGGCCAUUGGUGGCUCCUAUGGACGGAAAACAGUCUUAAGAGGCAACUCCGAUGGUACCCUCGUCCUCUUCUUCAGUAACUUAAAACAAUUCCAGGAUCAGAAGAAAAGCCAACAUGACAUCCUCGAGAAAACUGGGCAUAAGCUGGAGUUCUAUCUGUCCACGAAGUGGAUGAAAGACAGUUUCGGGAUUCAGAAGUCCCAUGAUGGCUUCACCAUCCAGUUGUUCACAAAAAAUCAGAGAGUCUCUUUUGAGGUGCUGGCUGCCUUCAAUGCUCUCAGCUUAAAUUAUAAUCCCAGCCCCUGGAUUUAUCGAGAGCUCAAAAGAUCCUUGGAUAAGACAAAUGCCAGUCCUGGUGAGUUUGCAAUCUGCUUCACCGAACUCCAGCAGAAGUUUUUUGACAACCGCCCCAGAAAACUAAAGGAUUUGAUCCUCUUGAUAAAGCACUGGCAUCAACAGUGCCAGCAAAAAAUGAAGGAUUUACCUUUGCUGUCUCCGUAUGCCCUGGAGUUGCUUACAGUGUAUGCCUGGGAACAGGGGUGCAGAAAAGACAACUUUGACAUUGCUGAAGGUGUCAGAACCAUUCUGGAGCUGAUCAAAUGCCAUGAGCAGCUGUGUGUCUAUUGGAUGGUCAACUACAACUUUGAAGAUGAGACCAUCAGGAACAUCCUGCUACACCAGCUCCGAUCAGCAAGGCCAGUAAUCUUGGAUCCAACCGACCCAACCAAUAAUGUGAGUGGAGAUAAAAGAUGCUGGCAAUGGCUGAAAAAAGAAGCUCAAACCUGGUUGACUUCUCCCAACCUAGAUAAUGAGUUACCUGCACCAUCUUGGAAUGUUCUGCCGGCACCACUCUUCACGACCCCAGGCCAUCUUCUGGAUAAGUUCAUCAAAGAGUUUCUUCAGCCCAACAAAUUCUUCCUAGAGCAGAUCGAUAGUGCUGUUGACAUCAUCCGUACAUUCCUUAAAGAAAAUUGCUUCCGACAAUCAACUGCCAAGAUCCAGAUUGUCCGGGGAGGAUCAACCGCCAAAGGCACCGCUCUGAAGACUGGCUCUGAUGCCGACCUUGUCGUGUUCCAUAACUCGCUGAAAAGCUACACCUCCCAAAGACACGAGCGACACAAAAUCGUCGAGGAAAUCCGUGAACAGCUGAAAGCCUUCUGGAGGGAGAAGAAGGAGGAGCUUGAGGUCAGCUUUGAGCCUCCCACGUGGAAGGCUCCCAGGGUGCUGAGUUUCUCUCUGAAAUCCAAGGUCCUCAACGAAAGUGUCAGCUUUGAUGUGCUUCCUGCCUUUAACGCUCUGGGUCAGCUGAGUUCUGGCUCCACACCCAGCCCCGAGGUUUAUGCAGGGCUCCUUGAUCUGUAUAAAUCCUCAGACUUCCCAGGAGGAGAGUUUUCUACCUGUUUCACAGUGCUGCAGCGAAACUUCAUUCGCUCCCGGCCCACCAAACUGAAGGAUUUAAUUCGCCUGGUGAAGCACUGGUACAAAGAGUGUAAAAGGAAACUGAAGCCAAAGGGGUCUUUGCCCCCAAAGUAUGCCUUGGAGCUGCUCACCGUCUAUGCCUGGGAGCAGGGGAGUGGAGCGCCGGAUUUUGACACUGCAGAAGGUUUCCGGACAGUCCUGGAGCUGGUCACACAAUAUCGGCAGCUCUGCAUCUUCUGGAAGGUCAAUUACAACUUUGAAGAUGAGACCGUGAGGAAGUUCCUACUGAGCCAGUUGCAGAAAACCAGGCCUGUAAUCUUGGACCCAGCUGAACCCACUGGCGACGUGGGUGGAGGGGACCGUUGGUGUUGGCAUCUUCUGGCAAAAGAAGCAAAGGAAUGGUCAUACUCUCUCUGCUUCAAGGAUGGGACUGGAAACCCAAUAUCACCCUGGAAAGUACAGACAAUGCAGACACCAGGAAGUUGUGGAGCUAGGAUCCAUCCUAUUGUCAAUGAGAUGUUCUCAUCCAGAAGCCAUAGAAUCCUGAAUAAUAACUCUAGAAGAAACUUCUAGAGGUCAUCUGGCAAUCACUUUCAAAGACUUGGCUCACCAUGAGAAAGAGUCACUAACAUCAAUUCUUCCCUUGAUGGUCCCUACUCCUCCUUCCCUUGCUUCUUGGACUCCUUGAAAUCAAUCAAGACUGCAAACCCUUUCAUAAAGUCUUGCCUUGCUGAACUCCCUCUCUGCAGGCUGCCUGCCUUUAAAAAUAGUUGCUCUCAUCCACUUUGUGUGCAUAUUUCCGUCAACUUGUAUUUUUUCUUGCAUUUUUCCAAUUAGCUCCUCCUUUUUCCUUCUAGUCUAAAAAAGGAAUCCUUUGUGUCUUCAAAGCAAAGCCCUUUACUUACUCCUUGGUUCUCAUAACUCUGUGAUCUUGCUCUCGGAGCUUCCAACUCAUCCACGUCCUGUCUGUUUCCUCUGUAUACAAAACCCUUCCUGCCCCUGCUGGCACAGAGGUCUUCUAUGCCAGCAGCCAGUCAAUCCUUUCAUUAGACCUUCAAGCUCUCCAAAGGCUCAGAUUAUAACUGUUGCCAUAUAUAUAUGAGGCUGUUGUCUUUUCCUUCUGAGCCUGCCUUUCUCCCCCAACCCAGGAGUAUCCUCUUGCCAAAUCAAAAGACUUUUUCUUUGGGCUUUAGCCUUAAAGAUACUUGAAGGUCUAGGUGCUUUAACCUCACAUACAUUCACUUAAAGUUUUAUCACUGCUGCAUAUACCAGUUGUGAUAUAAUAAAGAAUGUGUCUGG